AUGCUAACUGAGCCAUCCGCGUCGGUGCUUGGCUUAGACCCGACGCACCGGAACUGCGUGCUUAACGGGAACGCGUUCCAGCAGGAUGCCAUCCAAUCGUUUAACGGGUGGCAGUACGCGAGCUUCUACAGCUACCUGUCAGCAGAGGCCGCUCAUGAGCCGCUGUAUAUCCAUCUAUCGCGUAGGAAGCUUCCGGACGGGGAAUGGGAGACGCUCGUUUUCGAGGACUACCCUCAGACGACGGAUGAUGGACACAAUACUGUACAGAUCGGUAUAUGUCCCGGCGACGGCACUAUCCAUCUCUCGUACGACCAUCACUGCGAUAGAAUAAGAUACCGCCACUCCCAACCCGGCGUCGCCCACUCCCCCGAAUCCUUCCCGUGGUCCGCCUCGCUAUUCACACCGCACCUGUCGCGGCUCCCCGGCCUCGGCGCAGAACACGACGACCUGCUCAGCUACGUGACGUACCCGCGCUUCGUGCCGCUCGACCACACCCUGCUCUUCUCGUUCCGCACGGGGAAAGCCGGUCUCGGCGACGACCACCUAGCCGCGUACGAGCCGCGGCGAGGCGGGGCCUACGGGUACACGGUGCUCGGCACGAACCUCCAGGGGGUCGAGAACAACGCGUACAUCCACGGGCUGGACGCGCGCGGCAGCCGGCUGCACACGACGUGGGUGUACCGGGAGUUCGUGUGGUACGCGGGGUGGGACGACCUGCAGGACACCAAGCACAAGCAGCAGCGGGGGCCCAACUCGGCGGAGAACAACCGCGACAUCUGCUACGCGUACUCGGACGACGGAGGCGUGUCGUGGCGGAACGGGGCCGGGCAGCUCGUGGCCGACCUGGCGAAGGGCGAGAGCGUGCGGCCCGACGCGCCGGGGAUAGUGGCGUUCGAGAUCCCCAAGGGUUCGGGGCUCUCGAAUCAGGAGGCGCAGGCUGUGGAUCACGAGGGCGGCGUGCACGUGUUGAAUCGGGAUGCGGUGGGCGGAGCGCAGAGGUGGAAGCAUUAUUAUCGCUCGCCGAAAGGCAUAUGGACGCAACGCGCCCUGCCGCACGUCCAAGGCGUAAAAGGCGGCAAACGGGGCCGACUAGCCGUGAGCAAAGACGACGACCUGUACCUCGUCCUGCCGGACAACACGGCGCCGGUUCUAACCAUCCUCAAGGCGACGAAAGCGUCCGGUUACGCCGAGUACGAGCUCGUAUGGCGGGAGACCGGGUUCCCGCCGACCGAGCCUCUUGUAGAUACCACGAGGCUGGAUCACGACAACGUGCUGUCGGUGUUCACGCGGUCGAGCAACGCCGCGGACAUAGAGUCGAACCCACACGUUAACGUCGUGGUUCUUGAUUUCAAGCUGUGA